GCUUCAUUUCCGUUGGUUUGCGAGAUUUGGAGGUAUCGCGUGGGGAGAGGGCCGCGUCUGUGGAGGAGCUUGGCUCGGCACCUGCUAGGCUGGCGAACCCGAAAUAGGGCUUGGAACCCGAGUGCCGGAUCUUGGACCCUGAACUGCACCUCUGUUGGGUGGCUGCCCGUUCAUACAUGGCCUGUAUUCCUUCAUUUCUGUAUCUAUCCUUGGCCCACCUGUGAAAUGUAGUUACCGGUUCACGGCUUCUUCCCUGUGUCCUCUCACCUUAUAGCCUUAAGGGGACUGAAUGCAAGGAAGUGGCAAGAAAAACCAGAGAAUAAAGAAUGGCUGUUUCAGUCGCAAUGUCCAAGCUCUGCAUUCUCCAGACUCUGUGCUUUUCUAAGAUAGGAAACCAGAAGAGGACUGAUCAUUUCUUGCAGGUCUAAAAACCAUGGCUUGGAAAGUAGUGAUGUUCAGGGAUGUUGCUAUUGACUUCUCUCAAGAAGAGUGGGAAUGCCUGGACGCUGCUCAAAGAGAUUUGUAUAGAGAUGUGAUGUUGGAGAACUACAGCAAUUUGGUAUCACUAGACUUGCCUUCAAGGUGUGCAAGAAAGGACUUAUCUCCAGAAAAGAACACUUAUGAAACAGAAUUAUCCCAAUGGGAAAUGAGUAACAGGCUUGAAAAGUGUGACCUUGAGGAGUCCAAUUCUAGGGAAUAUUUGGAAGCCAAAGCCAAGAUGGAGAAGCAACAAGAAAAUCAGAAGGAAUAUUUCAGGCAAGGGAUAAUCAUAUAUGACAAAAUGUCCAUUUUCAACCAGCAUACUUACUUGUCUCAACAUUCAAAAUGUCAUUCUACUGAGAAACCCUAUAAAUGUAAGGAAUGCGGGAAAGCCUUUAGACGAGCCUCACACCUAACACAACAUCAAAGUAUUCAUACUGGUGAAAAACCCUAUGAAUGUAAGCAAUGUGGGAAAGCCUUUAGUCGUGAUUCACAACUCAGUCUUCAUCAGAGACUUCAUACUGGUGAGAAACCCUAUGCAUGUAAGGAAUGUGGGAAGGCCUUUACUCAAAGCUCACAACUUAUUUUACAUCAUAGAAUUCAUACUGGUGAAAAACCAUACAAAUGUGAAGAAUGUGGGAAAGCCUUUAUUCGUAGCUCACAACUUACCCGACAUCAAAAAGUUCAUACUGGUGAGAAACCUUAUGAAUGUAAAGAAUGUGGGAAGGCCUUUACUCAGAAUUCACAACUUACACUACACCAGAGACUUCAUACUGGUGAGAAGCUCUAUGAAUGUAAAGAAUGUAGGAAGGUCUUUACUCAGCUCUCACAACUUAUUCUGCAUAAGAGAAUUCAUACCGGUGAGAAACCGUAUGAAUGUAAGGAAUGUGGGAAAGCUUUUAUUUGUGGCUCACAGCUUUCUCAACAUCAAAAAAUUCAUAAUGGGGAAAAACCAUAUGAAUGUAAGGAAUGUGGAAAGGCUUUUAUUCGGGGCUCACUACUUAUGCAACAUCAGAGGAUUCAUACUGGUGAAAAACCCUAUAAAUGUGAAGAAUGUGGGAAGGCCUUUAUCCGCGGCUCACAACUUACCCAACACCAGAGAAUUCAUACCAAUGAAAAGCCCUAUGAAUGUAAGGAAUGUGGAAAGACGUUUAGUCAUGGCUCGCAACUUACCCAACAUCAGAGAAUACAUACUGGUGAGAAACCCUAUCAAUGUAAGGAAUGUGGAAAGGCGUUUAAUCGUGGCUCGCUCCUUACACGACACCAGAGGAUUCAUACUGGUGAGAAACCCUAUGAAUGUAAAGAAUGUGGAAAAACCUUUAGUCGUGGCUCAGAACUUACUCAGCAUGAGCGAAUUCACACAGGUGAGAAACCCUAUGAAUGUAAGGAAUGUGGGAAAUCUUUUAUUCGUGGCUCACAGCUUACUCAACAUCAGAGAAUCCAUACUGGUGAGAAACCUUAUGAAUGUAAAGAAUGUAGAAUGGCCUUUACUCAGAGUUCACAUCUUUCCCAACAUCAAAGACUUCACACUGGUGAGAAACCCUAUGUGUGUAAUGAAUGCGGAAAGGCCUUUGCACGUGGCUUACUACUUAUACAACAUCAGAGAAUUCAUACUGGUGAGAAACCGUAUCAAUGUAAGGAAUGUGGGAAAGCCUUUAUUCGUGGUUCACAGUUGACUCAACAUCAGCGAAUUCACACUGGAGAAAAACCCUAUGAAUGCAAGGAAUGUGGCAAGGCCUUUAGUCAUGGCUCUCAACUUACUCUACAUCAGAGAAUCCAUACUGGUGAGAAGCCCUAUGAAUGCAGAGAAUGCAGAAAGGCCUUUACUCAGAGCUCACAUCUUUCUCGGCAUCAGAGGAUUCAUACUGGUGAGAAACCAUAUCAAUGUAAGGAAUGUGGAAAGGCCUUUACUCGUGGUUCACAACUAACACAACAUCAGAGAAUUCAUAUCAGUGAGAAAUCUUUUGAAUAUAAAGAAUGUGGUAUUGACUUUAGUCACGGCUCAGAAGUUUACAUGUGAACUGUCUGAUUCUUUGAGAUCACUAUGAAGAGGUUCUCUGGUUAUCAGCAACGAAUUCUCACAGAUGUGAAUAUGGGUGCACAUCUGCCUCAGGCACAGCAUCAGAGAAUUUGUAUGAGGAAAAGAAAAUGUUAGUGUCAUUCAUAUAGAAAAACCUAUCAUUACUGAAAACCUAUUAAACAUUAGCAAAUUGGAGAAUAGUUUCAAUACAGUAAAUGUAGGAAGGCCUUUAGCCAUAUUGAAAACAAAUAUCUUUUUCAACAUUAUCUUAGCUCUACUAGUUGAUUUUUUGUUGUUGUUAUUGUUAUAUGUAUCAUGAUACUUAACCUCUACCUUGGUUUAAUCAUUUAAGAUACACCUAAGUAUAUUACCUUUAUUAUAAGAUUCUUGGAAGUAUUAUGUAAGUUAUUACAUGUGAAAGCUCUUAGAAUGGUGCCUUGAACAUAGCAUACCACAAAUAUUAGCUACCAUUUUCCCUAGUGUUAUUUUAGAGAAUUUGCAUGAGAGGAGAGCACUUAUGAGUGUAAUAAAUAUUGAGAAAUCUUUUAUCAACACAUCCUAGAUGGGUAAGGGGCACUGUAUGCCAUAAUGAAUGUGAGAAAGCUGUCAUUUAAAUCUCAUCCAUUAUUGCUAUAAGAGGAAAUUCAUACUGUUCAAAAAAAAGCCAGUGGAUUUAAUGACUAGAUGAUUGAGCACAGCUGUUUGAGAAUUGGGGCAAGGCGUGAAGUGAUUUUUAACAAAGUCUAAGAUCCAAAGUCUAAUCUAGGAAAUUUUUAAAAACUUGAAUGUAUUGCUUUUGAAGUAAACAAAAGUAAGAACCAAUAUUACAGACUAUUUUGCAAUGCAAAAUGAUAAGAGUUUGUGAUAGAGACUGCUUUUUUCCUACUCUAUAUCUAUUUUCUCUUUUUUAAUAACAAAAUUCUGGGCUGAAAAACUAUCUCAGCCUUCCUUGCAGAUCAACAAGAUAGAAGUGGUGUUUAUAUGAGUAGGAGAUUUAUGAAAUCCAUUUUUUUCUGUCUUUUUUUUCCCCUUCCUACAACGUGGACAUCAAAGCUGGAGCUCCAGUACUGUCAUGGGGACUUUGAGAAUGGUAUCUGGGUGUUAGGGAUCAUGGAGCAGAAAUGCAGAAGGAGUCUGCAACCCUGAUGAUUUUGUGGAACAGCCAUACUUGCUCUGGUCUGCUUGCCUCCUGUGUUUGUUUAAAUAAAAUUAAACAUCUUAUUUGUUGAU